AUGCGGGAAACUGAAGCAACAACUGUAAGUAUACUAUUCGAGUUGCUGUCGUCGAAUAAAGGAUCCGGUCUGCAGGAAAAUUCUGCAAAUUGCACAACAGCAAAACAAUUCUGUGGCGAGGCGAGUGUAAAAACCAUAAAAAAGAGGGAAAGAAAUGGAGAUGGGCAGAUAAACAAAAUUGGAAACAGUCCACCCCGGCUAAAUUUCCCGGAUGAUACGAAAAACGAAAAGCAGCAGAAGGCGAAUCAGGCGUGGUUUUCUAUGAAGAUGGUCCCAGAACCAGCCGGUGGUCUCGUGGCGUCGGUGAUCACGGCUUCACCUGAAGCAUCCCCAUCAACGUCACGAGAUGAGUGCUGGUACAUGGAAAAAUCCGGCCGACUUUUUGGUUACGAUGAAAUCGUCGCUCCAUGGUCAACGAAACGCUAUAGUCUCUCGAUAGAAGGGUUACACGAAGAGAUUAAAGACAUAUUUCAAUGGUUACGACCGUGUCGUUUAGAAGAAGCGGUACGGUUAGAAGUGUUCCGGAAGGUGAAAAGUGCUAUAAAAGAACGUUGGAAAGGCAAUAAUGUGCGGGUGUCGGUGUUUGGAAGUCUACGAACUCGAUUAUUUUUACCAACGUCGGAUAUCGACGUAUUAAUCGAGUGUGAUGAGUGGAAGGACUCUAGUGUUAUGGCUCGCUGUAUGCAAGAAACAGCGAACCAUUUGGAGGAAGUCGGUUUGGCAAAAUCUGUGGCAGUCUUUUCGGAUGCAUUCGUACCGAUUGUAAAAAUGGUCGAAAAGGACACGUUAGUGAACGUUGACAUUUCGUUCAACACUGCUCAAGGUGUGAAGGCCGCCGAUUACAUAGAAAAGGUGAAGGAAGAGUUCCCUGUAGUGGAACCGUUGAUACUGGUAUUAAAACAGUUUUUAAUUUUGCGGCGGUUGAAUACCACUUACACAGGCGGUUUAUCGUCUUACGGUCUGAUUUUGAUGCUGAUCAAUUUUCUUCACAUACAAAUCAGUGUUUUAUCUUCACAGACACAUGUGGUAAUUAAAAAAUUAGCCGAACCAGAGGAGAAUGUGAAUGUGGAUGGAUUCGAUCUCUGGGCUAAGAUCUUAAGCCUUACACCAUCCCGCCUCAAUCAGUUGCGUAUGAAGAAACAGACUUGA